AUGACGUCCAAAGCUCUGUUUGAUGUGCCGCCGGGAGCGGCCGCCCGCGUGAGCAUCAUUGACUCGACCCUGCGGCUGAAGAAGAUGCCGGUCAAGUACCUGCUGACGCCGCCCGUCGACGGCCUGGAGUACUUGGCGCCCCUGACGACGUGGUCGUUCCUGGUGGAAAGCUCGCGGGGCGAAAAGGCGCUGUUUGACCUGGGCGUUCCGCCGGACCUGAGCCGGUUCUCGCCGGCCGUCGUGGCGAAGCUCAAGGCAUCGGGCUGGGACGUCACGGCGGAGAAGAACGUGGCCGACAUCCUGGCGGAAAACGGUGUGGACCCGUCCGAGAUCAAGAGCAUCAUCUGGAGCCACUGGCACUGGGACCACAUCGGCGACCCGACCACCUUUCCGUCCUCGACCGAGCUCGUCGUCGGGCCCGGCUUCAAGGCGGCCUUUGGCGCCGGCUACCCUACCAUUGCCGAUUCUCCCGUGCAGGAGAAGGACUGGACUGGCCGCACCCUGCGCGAGAUUGUCUUUGACGCAGAGACCGCACACGCUGCACAGUCCGCCUCGACCGCGACCCAGGCCGGCGCGUUCCGCGCCCACGACUUCUUCGGCGACGGCUCCUUCUUCCUGCUGGAUACGCCCGGCCACGCCGUCGGCCACUUGGGCGCGCUGGCCCGCACGUCCACGGCGCCCGACACCUUUGUGUUUAUGGGCGGCGACCUCUGCCACCACGCCGGCGAGCUCCGGCCGUCGCCGCACCUGCCGCUGCCCAGCGCGUCGCGGCUCACAUCGCUGCUGCCGGACGCGGUGCGUGCCAACGCGCGCUUGUCCGCCUGCCCCGGCAGCGACCUCGACGCCUGCUUUGCGUCGCUGAAUAGUAGGCGCGGCCGGCGUGCCGACGAGCCCUUCUUUGACCCGGCCAUGGGCCUCGACGUGGCCGCGGCCAUCGAGACCAUCCGGCAGGCCCAGGCCGCCGACGCGCAGGACGACGUGUUUUUCAUCUUUGCGCACGACAUGACGGUCCAGGGCAUAGUGGACGAGUUCCCGGCCACGCUCAACGACUGGAAGGCCAAGGGCUGGCGCGAGGCCGCGCAGUGGAAGUUCCUGGAAGAGCUGGGUCUCGCUCUGGCGCCCAAGGGAGGGGGAGGAAGCAGAGGAUCAACCAGCGUUGUUUAG